GAGUCAUACAUGAGCCGGAAGCGGAUCGGUAGGCGAGUGCGUUCCAAAGCGCGCUGUGACGUCAGAGCUCCUUUAGCUAAACUUUAUUGGAUGUAGCGCCUCCUGAAGGAGAAGUUACCGACCGGGUGUCAGCAAUCAGCAUGCAGUCCAAGCGGGACUGGGAGACCCUGAUUGCACUGAGGAAUUCCCCCAAGGGGAAGCUGCAGUACAGCAGGGAAUGGAACCUAGAGGAUAUACUGGAUGCAGCCCAGUCCUCCCCUAUGUUAUCUCCAUAUUCUGCCUGGGUACUGGAUAAUGUCUUGCAACAUAAAGAAUUGGCUAACUCCUCUGUCUACAACUCACUGUCGGAAAAUUGCAGUCCUACUCUUGCCUUAUCAUCCAAACCUGGUUCACCAGCCAUUGUUGUGACUUCCCCAGUGAGCAUAGCCAAAACAGAGCUGGUCCGUCAAAUCAUUAAGGAGGCAGACCAGUCUACAAAGUUGCAGUUGGAAAAAGUAACCGAAGUGGAAAGCGUAAUCCGGUUGUACGAAGAAGGACAUAGAGCAAAAAUGAAGGAUGAUCUGCGUGGACGCCUUGAUAUGACGGAUCAGUUCAGCAAGUCAUUUGCUGAGAAGGCUGUAGAGCAGCUGAAACGCUUUGAGGAAAGGAUGGAGUUAGAGCAGAGACAACAGAAGCACCAACUUCAAGAGCAGCUGGAGAAGGGGUCAAAAGAGGUCUUAGGGCAACAAGAAAAAUUAAAGGAGGAACACCGUCACAGAGCCAAGCUCCUGACCUUGAGGCUGCGCGAGGCCGAGCAGCAACGCCAACAGGAGAUUGAGCGUGUCCGGCAAGAGGAAGGCCGUGAGAGGAUGCGCAGGUUGUGUGUUCUGCAGCAAGAAGCUCUGCAGCUCAUCCAGAAAAUCCAGAUGGACUACAAACUUCAAGAGACGUUGCGUGUGGACCUCUCCACUUACAGCCAGCGGGGGAACCAGAUAUGUGGAAUUUUAUCCAAUGUUGUUCGCUCCAGUAGCGAGAGAGGUUUCCCCACCCAGGAUGAUGUGAGCGUUGGAGAGCGAUCCGUCCAGGAGAUACGCGCGUUGGUCUCUACAAUGGAGACUGAGGUGGCUGCCGCUGAGGAGCGACGGAAAGCUGAAGCAGAAGCUGCCAGUAAGAAGCAGAAAGAAGCAGAACAGCAGCAGCAAGCAAAGGCUCUGGCCCCUGUCCCAGCUCAAGCCAGCACGCAGCCACAGACGGAAGGCCUUCAGGAAAAAGCAGCCAAAGGCACAAUGCAGAGAUACCGGCAGACGCAGAACAUCUGUGAGCAGUGCCUGAACGCUGCCAGUCAGCUCCACACAUGCAAAGAACCUGAGCUGAAGAAGAUCAAGGCCGAACUUCAAAAAGCCGUAAUUAUCCCAGUCAGCCAAAUCUCGUCCAAAGCAGGUUCUCUGUUGAGAGAAAUAUUUGACAAAAUCAAUAACUUGCUGCUGGGAAAGCCGGUUCUGUCUGGGGGCCGACAGGUUGCUGUGUCUCUGCAUUCCCAGGGGCUGGACUUUGUGUGUUACAAGCUGGCUGAAAGGUUUGUGAAACAAGGAGAAGAGGAAGUAGCCUCUCAUCACGAAGCUGCCUUUCCUAUUGCCAUGGUGGUUUCUGGGAUAUGGGAGCUGCACCCCCGAGUAGGUGACCUCUUCCUUGCUCACCUUUAUAAGAAGUGUCCUUAUGCUGUGCCCUAUUACCCAAGCUUAAAGCAAGGAACUUCAACUGAAGACUUUCACAGGAUGCUGGGAUACCAGGUGGAGGGUUCUAAGGUUGAGCAACAGGACAACUUCCUGAAACGCAUGUCUGGAAUGAUCCGUCUGUAUGCUGCCAUUAUACAGUCACACUGGCCUUACGGAACAAAACGAGGGGCUCACCCUCAUGGACUUCACUAUGGCUGGCUUUGGAUGGCACAGCUGUUGAACUUGGAGCCCCUGGCAGACGUCACGGCUACACUGCUUUUUGACUUCCUAGAAGUGUGCGGCAAUGCUUUGCUGAAACAGUACCAGGGCCAGUUCUGGAAGCUUCUCUCAUUGAUCAAGGAGGAAUAUUUACCAAGAAUUGAGAGGAUUACCACGUCCUGCCAGAUGGGGUCAGUUUCUCGCCUCAAACAGUUCCUAGAUGACACCCUACAGCGAGGGGACAUCCCAGUACCCAAAGGAUACCUGCAGUCUUCAUUCUGGAGAUCCUGACCACAGUGUCUCCAGCACUUGUCAAAUGCAUCAGAGUUUUUAAUGUCAUUACGUAUUUUUUACUCUAGGAGAAGCUAUGAAGUUUUUAAUUAAUUUUUGUUUUGUUUCCCGCAAAUCAUUGUCAGAGGAGUUUAAAUAAUUGGGUGAAUAAAAAAAAAACCAACAACAUUGGAUUAUAAUCCGA